CCCGCCCCUCACGCAAGCAGCAAGUACUUCUAUUUGGCUUUCAGGAUUGAUAUUUCUGACGGAGGUGCUUCUCCUCCUCCCGGCCAUCUUCAGUGCGCUGCACAUGGCUCUAUACAUCGUCUUCGGCAAACGCAACAAACACCGUGCGUCCUAUCGACUUUCCGGACAGGAAGCGCCUACCAUCGACGUCUGUAUAACAUGCUGUGGAGAAAAGCUCGACGUCAUCAUGGACACGGUUGCGGGCGCUGCCAUGCAGGACUACCCCUCGGCGAGCUUUCGCGUCUUUGUUCUUGACGACGGCGGAAAUGCAGCUCUGAAAGACGCCGUUGGCGACUAUAAUCGCUUGCACGGCACAUCGGUCGAAUAUCUUGCAAGGACCAAAUUGGAAGGCGAGUCCCACUUCUACAAAGCUGGAAACCUUCGCUUCGGGCUCGAGACAACGGAGAAUUUUGGCAAGGGCUCCGAGUACUUUGCAAGUCUGGAUGUCGACAUGAUAGCGGAGCCUGACUGGCUUCGCCGAGUCGUCCCGCAUCUUAUUCUCGAUUCCAGUAUGGCUUUAGCAUGCCCAGCACAGUGGCAUUACAACAUUCCCAACCCAGACCUGCUCGGUCAGGCCGGCCCGGCGUCUAUGGAGAUUUUCGAACCGAUGCAUGACAACAUUGGCCUCUCGCAUUGUUUUGGCUCGGGAUACAUUGUCAAGCGCAACGCGCUCAAGCAAGUUGGAGGGUGGCCCAAAGUGCCCGUCGGCGAGGAUAUCUUUUGCUCCUACAUGCUGGCUGGACAUGGAUGGGGUAUCGCUUUUGUGAAGGAGUUUGUGCAAUACGGUCUCACCGCAGGAUCCUUUGAAGCACUCAGCAGACAGAGAAUGCGAUGGGCUGACGGUGAUUUGCUCUUGAUGAAAGGCAUCAACUUCUUCAUUCCAUCACGAGACCCGGCACCUCGCAGGACAGUUCCGCAAAGACUGUCUGCCAUCAUCAAGAUCUUGCGCUCCUUCACUGCCGCAACGGAUUGCAUAGCUAUGAUACUCUUGCCCGUCACAUUAUGGAUUGCGAGUAGUCGCAACGACGGUGCAGCAGGGCAAACGUGGGGCUCUGAGCGACACAGCUUGAGAGGGCUUCUCUUGGCCACAAUACUUAUGGAUAAGAUCAACAACGCCAUGAUCUACUGGAAGGUAGGGCGGCAGACGGAAAGCCGGUUCUGGGCAGCGCCUUGGACUACAGCAAGAAUGAUAUACUUGGCGCUACCGCAGACUAUCGUUUCUUUUACAGCCACAGGAACAGUUCAAUCGGCAGUCAACGAGCGUCAGGCCAGCCUGCGCAAGGGACUCGCGACCCGACUGCUGUCAUGGACCAUGGUGGCGUACUUUGUUUACACCAUCUCUGCCUUGACGGCCCUGGGAUCGGUCCUGAUGAACAAGCCGGGUAGAGGCGGGCAAGGUACAGGAGCGGCACUGCGUCUAGUAGAGUGUGUUUACAAAGUAUCGGUGCCGCUCCGGUACAUGACAUCUCCCCCGACCGUUGCGGAGCGGCGAGACCUCAUGGAGCAGGAUGAGUUGGGCGUAUACCGACCGAAGGAGAAGUAUAGCAUGAAGGUAAGCAAGCGGAUCACGUGGCUGGACGUGGCAGAGGUUGCGACAAUGGUCGUUCUGGAUUGGAUAUGAGGACACAUGCGACGUAGAUGGCUAGAUCAGACUCGGCUGAUGUAUAAAUGUGCCGCGGCAUC